AUGGCAAACGCUAAAUUACUUCAAGUAGCGUUCAAUUUGGAAAAUACACCGUACAAGUCAUUAGAAAAUGUUGGUACCGGUGCUUACGGUGUGGUAUGUAAAGCUUUUGAUCAGGUUCAUCAAAAAAAUGUUGCCAUAAAAAAGAUCUCUCGAGCGUUCUCAGCUAUUACUUUAAUGAAACGAUCAUUGCGAGAAAUACGAAUACUGAGGAAUCUUAGCCAUGAAAAUAUUGUUUCUGUAAUUGAUGUAUUUACCGCUAAUGGAGAUCAGGGUCCUGAUGUUUAUAUGGUUCUCGAUUUAAUGGAAACUGAUCUUCAUCGUAUCAUUUACAGUAGGCAAAGCCUUACAGAACAACAUUUUCAGUAUUUUCUGUAUCAAAUCUUACGGGGACUUAAGUAUCUUCAUUCAGUUGGUAUUGUACAUCGCGAUUUGAAACCGUCCAAUCUUCUUGUCAAUAGUGACUGUUUAAUAAAAAUUGGAGAUUUCGGAAUGGCGCGGCUGGUAGAACAGUGCGUUUAUGAAACGGGUAAUUUUAUGACACAAUAUGUGGCGACAAGAUGGUAUCGGGCUCCAGAACUUUUGUUUUCACUGCUGGAAUAUGAUACCAUGGUAGAUAUUUGGUCCACUGGAUGUAUUUUUGCCGAAAUGAUGCUGCGACGACAACUAUUUCCUGGAAAAGAUGCUGUUAGCCAGGUUAAAAUGAUCAUCUACUAUUUGGGUACACCAGAACCGGAUGUGCUGAACAGAAUAAAAUCUGAAUUAGUACUCCGAUGGAUCGAAACCUGCGACAAGAAAGAGCCGCUCGCAUGGUCAAAUAUACUGCCAAAAGCAAGUUCAAAAGCAAUCGAUUUAAUCACAAAACUUAUGGAAAUCGCACCUUGGAAGCGAAUAACUGCCGAUGAAGCAUUGAAACACCCGUUCCUAGAUAUUUAUCACAACCCAAGAACCGAGCCAAACUGUUCAGAAAAAGUAUAUUUCGAUGCAGAUGCCAUAGAAAAAUUACCGGUAACUGAGCUAAAAGAAGCACUCAUCGCAGAAGCUAAUUACUACGAAGAAAUUCGAGGAAAAUACACACCGAAGUACGCCCUAUUUAUUCAACAGAACAUAAGAGUGGCAUCCCCUCAGCUAAUAAACACCGAUCGCAAUAAGAACCUAAAUGAAACUAUGCCCACGUUUAGCCAAUUACAGAGCUGA